AUGUCGUGCAGAAUGCUGCGCGUGAGCGGCACCCAGAUUGUCGACCCCGACGGCAAGCCGGUCCUCCUCAAGGGCGCCGGCCUAGGCGGCAUGCUCAAUAUGGAAAAUUUCAUCACGGGCUACUCGGGACACGAAUUUGAACAUCGAGCGGCCCUGGCCGAGGUCCUGGGGCAGGAAAAGGCCGACUAUUUCUUCUCUCGGCUCAUCCACCACUUCUUCACAGAGGCAGACGCCGUUCUGUUUGCGUCGCUGGGCCUCAACUGCCUGCGCGUGCCGUUCAACUACCGCCAUUUCAUCGACGACGACAACCCGUCCGUCAUCAAGAGGCAAGGCUUUGAGCUGCUGGACAGGAUCGUCAACAUCUGCGCCAAGCACGACAUUUACGUCGUCCUGGACCUGCACGCCGUCCAGGGAGGACAGAACCAGGACUGGCACAGCGACAGCGGACUGAACCGAGCCCUCUUUUGGGAGUUCAGGGACUUCCAGGACCGCGCCAUCCAGCUCUGGGAGGCUCUGGCCAGCCACUACAGGGGCAACGCGGUCAUCGCAGGCUACAACCCCCUCAACGAGCCAGCAGACCCCAAGCACACCCGCCUGCUGGCGUGGUACGAGCGCUGCGAGAAGGCGAUCCGAGCGGUCGACCCCGACCACAUGCUCUUCGUGGACGGCAACACGUACGCCAUGGACUUUUCCGCCUUCCCCGUCGACAGGCCGCUCCCCAACACGGUGUACAGCUGCCACGACUACAGCUUCCUCGGCUUCCCGCAGGCGGAGCAGUACGAGGGCACCGAGGAGCAGAAGAAGAGGCUGAGGGAGAGCUUCAAGCGCAAGGUGGCCUUUAUGCAGCAGGCCAAGGUGCCGAUAUGGAACGGGGAGUUCGGCCCCGUGUACCAGGACCCGCGCAAGGACGGCGACGCCGAGGCCACGAACCGAAAGCGGUUCGCGCUGCUGAAGGAGCAGCUGCUGAUCUACAGCGAGUUUGACCAGGACGUCUCGUGGAGCAUCUGGCUGUACAAGGACGUCGGGUACCAGGGGAUGGUGUACGUGUCUCCCGACAGCGCCUACAUGCGGCUGAUUCAAGGCUUUGUGGAGAAGAAGCAGCGGCUCGGUCUGGACUUUUGGGGAGUGGCCAACAAAGACGCCAUCAACAGCGCCGUGUACGCUCCGUUUUUGGACGCCAUCAAGAAGGAGAUCCCGAAGCAUCUCUUGAAGAAAAAGUACCCCGGCAUCUGGACUUUUGACAGGCAGGUCGAAAGGUCGGUCAGGGAGAUGUUGCUGAGCGAGUAUCACGGAUGGGAAAUGGCAGAGCUUUUCAGGGGCAAGACGGAGGCUGAACUGGAGGAGUUGGCAAGCAGCUUCAGCUUGGAAAAGUGCGUCUUGAGAGACGAGCUGAACAAGAUUCUAAAGGAGGACGUCUAG